GAGCAGGGAGCCUGUUCCCCUCAACACCUGGAUCAGUGUCUCCUUGGAGAGGAAUGGGCGCAAAGGGGUCAUGAGGAUCAACAACGGCGAGAGGGUGAUGGGAGAGUCACCGAAAUCCCGUAAGGUGCCUCACACCUUCCUGAACCUGAAGGAGCCCUUUUAUGUGGGAGGAGCUCCCGAUUUCAGCAAGCUGGCAAGAGCAGCUGCCAUCUCCACCAGCUUUGAUGGAGCUGUGCAGAGGAUCUCUGUCAAGGGGGUGCCCGUGCUGAAGGAGCAGAACAUCCGCCGUGCCGUGGAGAUCUCCCCCUUCCGAGGCCACCCCUGCACCCAGAAACCCAACCCCUGCCAGAACGGGGGCACCUGCAGCCCCCGCCUGCAGAGCUACGAGUGUGCCUGCCAGAGGGGCUUCUCUGGGGCCCACUGUGAGAAAGUGAUCAUUGAGAAGGCUGCUGGAGAUGCAGAGGCCAUUGCUUUUGAUGGUAGGACAUACAUGGAGUACCACAACGCCGUGACAAAGAGCGAGAAGGCCUUGCAAUCAAACCACUUUGAGCUGAGCAUCAAAACAGAAGCCACGCAGGGGCUGAUCCUGUGGAGCGGGAAGGGGCUGGAGCGGUCGGACUACAUCGCCCUCGCCGUGGUGGAUGGCUUUGUACAGAUGACCUAUGACCUGGGCUCCAAACCCGUCGUCCUACGGUCCACGGUCCCCGUCAACACCAACCAGUGGAUCCACAUCAAAGCCUACAGGGUACAGAGAGAAGGUUCCCUUCAAGUUGGCAACGAAGCGCCCAUCGCUGGCUCUUCUCCACUGGGUGCCACACAGCUGGACACAGAUGGGGCCCUGUGGCUGGGGGGACUGGAGAAGCUGAGCGUGGCUCACAAGCUGCCCAAGGCCUACAGCACAGGCUUUAUUGGCUGCAUAAGGGACGUGGUUGUCGACCGCCAAGAACUGCAUCUGGUGGAGGACGCUUUAAACAACCCCACGAUAUUACACUGCUCAGCCAAAUAGACCCCCAGGGACCCUUCUUCUCCUUCCCUCCCUCCUGCCUAUUGCUGUAAUUAUUUUCUAUUUUUGUAAACUUAUUGCUUUUUAUAUUUUUGGGGGGGGGGAGGGGGGAAAGGGAGGGGAGGAAACACCUUUUUCUGUUGGGUUAUUUGUUCGGUUGCAGUCUAUCCAGGUCAGUCAGACUCAGCAGCAACAAAGAACAAACCUUGAACCAAGUCUCCGAGAAGUGACAGAAGAACUUCCCCGUUGCACCUGCGUUGUAAAUCUGAUUCAUACUUGAAGCUUCUUUUUGGGUUAUAUUUUUUGUUUUCCCCCUCUCCUUACUUGGGUUCUUGGGUUGUCGAAAGGAUGCUGGUGCUGGCCAG